AAAAAAAAAAAAAAAGUUUCUGCCGCUGCCGUCCAAAUGCCGCUUUCUUCAAGACUGCUCUGUUUCUCCGUCUCGAAUCACUCCCCGUCACCCGACCACCGCCUCUACCGUACGUGUACUGCAAUGGGCGACUACUAGAACGACGACGUCAGCAGCUCCGGCUACCUCAACACAAAUUUAAAAUAGUACAGGUGGAAGAAGAAAAAAAAGGAGUAGCGUCCCUUUCCCUUCCAGUACUCAGAAAUUUCUUCCGCCAUUUCCAGAGGAGAAAAGAACAGUAGUGCAAAGGCAAAGCAGCGCUACUUCUCGUGAUUAGCAUUUCCUCCACCCCCCUACCAAAGUCUUUUACUCCUUCCUUCCCCAACCCUUUUUCUCUCUCUCUUCAUUCACUCUCCUCCUUCCUUCUCUCGUGCCCCCCCGCUCCGAACCCUAACCCUUUUACCCCAGCAACGCGUUGUUGUAGGCUUUGUAGCAUCUCCCCUUCCUCUCCUUUUGCCGUCUCUGUUCUCUGAUUGAGUUGCUCUCGAUCUCUGUGGCUUUCUGAUCGUCGAUCAGUCUUCAGGGAUUGGGUGCUUCAGUUUCAAGUGAAUGAAGUGUUCUCUCCUUUGUGGUUUAAGAUCAAGUGAUUAACGAGACAUUUGAAAGAAGUAUGACUUCGUCAUUGGUUACCAUCUUAGGUUGUCUUCAAGCUGCUUCUUUGGAGAUUGGGUAAUUUGAUUUUUGCUGAACCCACCAGCCCCUUUGUAGCAUCUGAUGAAUCCGCUCAAGAUGGAUCGAUUAUCAAGCACUUCGGAGAUUGUGGAAUCAACACCAGAAUUAAGUCUUGAAGUUAAGAUGGGGGAGAAAGGUGGAAACAGUUCCAUUCCGACUUCCAACAAGUACUCGAUAGAAGAUGACAUCAAUCGUCUUUUUGAAGCAAUAGACAUACGAAGGACUAAAGGUUCAUCCCAUGAAGGUGGCAGUGGCAGAGAUGCUCUGCUGAAGAAAGCCAUGAAGAGACCCAUGAGAGUGGGUUCACCUCAAGCAUCAGGGAUUGGCAUCUCAGAGUCGGUGAGUUUGAAGCAGGCUUUGCGGGGACUAUGCAUAUCUCAAGCAUCAGAGAUGGCUGCUAUGAAGCGAUUGUCGAGGCCAACAGGUUCAGCUAGGGCUUCAGAGGCAGGAUCCAGCAAAAUGUUAUACAGGACUGUUGUAGUCGAGGCCAAUAACUCAUCUGGUCUUACUCCUAGCAAAGGUGAUGGAAAGGUGGUGGAAGUCUCUCUUGUACCUGAAACAGACACAUCAAGCUGUUCUCAGAAUAUAGUUGAACUAUCACAGAUUGAUAAGGCAGGGUCAUCUGAUCAAAGUGCUGAUUCUUCCAAGUGCGAGAUAGCUCCAACAGGCUUUGUUAGCGAAGUGUCAAAGCUGGAAAUUGAGAGCCCUAGUGCUUUAGAUUCUUCAUCUUGUAAUGAGCAAGCCCAAAAUGUGGACGACACAAUUGUUUCAGACUCAAUCCAAAGUUCAGGAGAACAGUCUAAUGCUUUUCCUUCACCUUCACCUUCAGGUUCAAGUAACGGUAUAAUGGGAAUCUCUCCUGUUUGCAACACUACGAGAUUUAUAAAGCCAAUCUUCAGGAACAGGAGCUUUAUGAAGAAGAAAGGAAAGAAAGAUUCUGAAUUUGCUUCCAGUAGCUCCAAUUCACGUGACAUCAAGGUAGGCGACAAUGUGGAUCCUAGUAUUGGUAGUGCAACGGAAUACGGUGACAGAGCUUCCCCGGCAUCCAGUGGUAGCACCAGUAAUAGUAUCGAGUCCAGCUUCAGCACCGUGGACAAGAGUUCAAGUAAAAUGGGAUGCAACAGCUCUGGUUGUGGUGACAGAUCUAUUUCCAAAUUGACAAAAAUUGACGAGAGAUCCAUAUCAAGAGAAAAGGGUGAAUCUUUUUCCCAGAAUUCAAAGAGUAGUAGCAUUGGUGAAUAUAGUAGUAGUAGCACAAGUAUGAGUGUAGAUAGCAGUCUCAGUGGCUCGUCCUAUCAUAGUGGUUACAGGCCUCAUAUGUCAAAGGACUUGAGAUGGGAAGCCAUUCGACAGAUUCAAAGGCAGGAUGGAGUUUUAGCUUUGAGGCAUUUUAAAUUAAUCAAGAAGCUUGGUGGAGGCGAUAUUGGAUCUGUUUAUUUGGCUGAGCUUUCUGGUACUGAUUCCCGAUUCGCUCUCAAAGUAAUGGACAAUGAAUUUUUGGUGGGCAAGAAAAAGAUGCUGAGGGCCCAAACUGAGAGAGAGAUUCUGCAGAUGCUGGAUCAUCCGUUUCUUCCGACAUUGUACGCUCACUUUUUAUCAGAAAAGUUAUCUUGCUUGGUUAUGGAGUACUGUCCUGGUGGAGAUCUCCAUGUACUUCGGCAGAAGCAACCCGACAGAUGUUUCUCUGAACAUGCAACAAGGUUCUUCGUUGCCGAAGUACUCCUGGCCCUGGAGUACCUCCACAUGCUUGGAGUAGUAUAUAGAGAUCUCAAACCAGAAAACGUUCUAGUAAGAGAAGACGGCCAUAUAAUGCUCUCCGAUUUCGAUCUCUCGCUGAGGUGUGCUGUCAACCCAGUCUUACUUCAAUCCACAUCUCCAGAUAUCGAUCCCCCAAAGAAGACUUCAACAAGCCCAUCAUGCUCUGAAUCAAGCUGCAUUGACCCUUUCUGUCUCCGCCCAUCCUGGCAAGUCUCCUGCUUCACACCUCGUCUUCUCUCGGUCGCUGCUACAAGGUCCCGGAAGUCCUCGAAAUCAGACCUCAGCUCUCAUCAGGUCACCCCACUGCCUCAGCUGGUGGUGGAGCCCACGAGCGCACGUUCAAACUCCUUCGUCGGGACCCACGAGUACCUCGCUCCGGAGAUCAUCAAAUCCGAAGGUCAUGGCAGUGCUGUGGACUGGUGGACGUUCGGGAUCUUCCUCUUCGAGCUGUUGUAUGGCAGGACUCCUUUCAAAGGAUCGGGAAAUGAGGAGACGCUGUCGAAUGUGGUGUCGAGAAGCCUCAAGUUUCCACGUGGGCCAGUCGUCGGUUUUCAUGCACGGGACUUGAUCAGGGGACUUCUGGUGAAAGACCCCGAGAAUCGACUUGGUUCAGCUAGAGGUGCUGCGGAGAUCAAACAGCAUCCUUUCUUUGAAGGCCUGAACUGGGCUCUUAUUCGUUGUGCUAUACCUCCAGAGCUUCAGGGUUACUCUGAUGGUCGAACUAGUAGCAGUAAGUGUAAGGGUGCAGAAGAGAAUGGCGAGUUUGAUAUGUUCUAGCUGUUAUCCGAGGAAUGGCUUGCUUUUUUCAGAUGCUUGACCGUAACAGGUAUAUGUACAUUUUUCUUUCCUUUACCUAUACCUCCAAAUAUAUGGAUGUAAUAUAGUGUAAAUGUAGUUCCAGAACUUGGAUGUGUACAAGUUCCACACGAGUUUAGGUUUCGAGAGAGGAGGUUUACACAAGCGAAACUCAGUGCGAGUCUGUGACUGUGAUGCUGAUGUUUGUUUGGAGAUGAGUUAUAUUCUGGUUUUCCUUGCAGGCUCCUCAGUGUAAACUUCCUUCUGCUUCAUAUCAGUAAUGGAUUUACCUC